AUGAACGGCCGACCUGAUAGACCUUUGGUUGUGAAAUGUACAUUCGACAGAUGGAACAAGCGAAUCUUGUUUGCAUCUGCUCGAAAUUGUUCUUAUGAGCUUUUGAGGAACAAGGUCGAACAAUGUUUUUCUCUCUAUGCUGCUCCCUAUGUUAUCGCGUACAAGGAUGAUGACGGGGAAGUCACCGACAUCACGACCGAUACAGACCUCACAGAGGCCAUUCAAUAUUUCCAAGCCGGCAGUGACGAUCCCCCGACAUCUUCAGCUGCGUCGAUACUAUCUGGUCGUAGCUUUGGAAGUCGUAAAAUCACUUUGCGCGUGCAUAUCACUGUCGAUUACGAUGGCCCUAGCCUAUCCGAUACAUCUUCCUUGGCCAGCAUGGAGGAAUAUAAGGGAAGGAGCGGUAGUCAGCUAUCGUUUUCCUUCAGCUCGUCUUCGCCCCCAGAGAUUGACGAUGAUUCUGUGACCGUCAGUUCCAGAGACACUGGAGCACUUCAAGCAAGUCAACCACGUAUUCGUGCCGCGUCCUCAAACAUGGUAGAAUCAGCGCAAGGUCGAACUGCUCGAUUUGACGAGAACUAUCAGAGCACAGCUUAUUCUAAUCAGUCUCGCGGAUAUGGUGAAUACUCUGGAUCCAAGGAAGAGUCAUCAAUCACGGAGAGAAAGACACCGAAUGGGGUUGACAAUCCUUUCUCUGAUGAUCAUCACGCGGAAGCUGCAUCCCGCUAUCCUGAAGACCCAAUGGCUGUCUUUGAGCGCCUCAAACUAGAAGAAGAAGCUAGAGAUACUGUAUCGAACUCUGAUCAUGCGUUUUCCAUCUCAGCCAACAAUCGUGGGGCGGCAUGGCUGAGGGACCAGAAUGCCCGUACCAUAAAAUCAAUGCUCGGAGCAACCCCAGAACCUUCAGAAUCCGACAGCAUGUCACUAUCUUACGACCAUCAACCAGUUCCAGAGCCCAUAGAUGGUGACUUGGCCUUACAGCGAGAUCCUCGUGGAAAAUACUACUACUCAUAUACAUCUACCUCCUCCUCCUCUGCCUCGCAAAUUCAGGAUUCGGGAUAUGACGAUAGUCCAAGCCUAAAAUACAGGACUUCAAAUCCUUUUAGCGAUGCCGCACCCCCUCGCCCCACAUCCAUGCAGCUGACUUGGUUGGCCUCUCAGCAGAAACCACCUAAACCACCUGCGCCUUCUGAGGUAGCUAGUUACCCUCAGACAAACGGACAUGCCCCACGUUUGCUUCCUCAUUCUUCCCAUUCCGAGCCCCUGCCAUUCACAAAACAUUUUCUUGAGGAACCAGACGACAUCCCUCCUGAAGUUCUUCAAGUCAUCGCAUUUGCAGGCCCUCCCGCAGAGCAACUCACCAAUUGCUCCCAAUGUUCAGCUCCUCUAGACGCUAUACGAUAUGUAUGCUCGACUUGUGGCGAGAAGAAGCCAAUGAUGCACUGGCAGCACCACAACUACACGAAGGGCAAAGGGAAAGUAUUGAUUGAUGACGUCCAGAGCUUUAUCUAUCCACCCGUGGCUCACCGUACGCUGUCUUCAACUCCUUCACUGUCAUCUCAUGAUGGCAGUAGCGAAGGUAGUUCACAAGGAAGACAACACUAUAAGCCCCUUCCAUCACUGCCUCAGAAUGCUAAUUCGUCCUCGAGUCUCACAAUUCACAAUGGAUUUGCAGAACCCAUGGUUGAGACAGGCUACGAAUUGUGUUCUGGAUGCAUUGAAUCCGCAGGUAUUAUUCACGCUUUACGUGGAAGUUUACCGCCUGGAGAAAAUUUAUCACCGUCGUCACCGGAAGAUGCACGUGUGUUAUCACAAUGGCGCCGUUCUGCCCCUAAGCAAAAGGGCCAACUACGGCACGCCUACGUUGAGAAGGUAUGGGGAAGUUGGGGCUGGGAGGACGUAGAACAAGAUGACAUGCAAGGUUGCAAGUGUUCUACAUGCAAUACUGCAAUUAUUAACAAGCGCUAUCAAUGCGCCUCGUGUCAGAAGUUCAAUUUGUGUCGGGCCUGUUUCAGCCAGGUACACGAUAUACAUCCCUCUCAUGCUUUUCUUGUGGUAUCAGAAAAGCCUUCGCGUUCUUACAGUGAGCCGGAUUAUCUCCCUGCGACAACCCACCACAGCCUUGAAGAGCGAUCCAUGAUGCACCCGGGAGUUAAAUGUGCUCACUGUUUGCAAGAUAUUGUUGGAGCUCGCUUUCAUUGCGCUAUUUGUGACUCGGUUGAUAUUUGUUCCAACUGCGAAUCUGCUGGUCUUCCCGGAAACCUCGACUCAGCUGACGGAGGACACAUUUCUUCUCACAUUAUGAUCAAGAUUCCAUACCCUUUGGAAACGACAGAAGUACAAACUGUCAGCCGCAGAGCUGUCCACUUGUGGACAGGUCGCGAUGCAGCCCAUGCGUUAUCUAAUCCGAAAUCCAAAUCUAGUUCUGUCUAUUCCAGUCAUGCUCGCACCGUGGUAGGCUCAGGCAUGAGAAGCCCAUUGGGUUCUCCAAAUGGGAACACAGUCGACCACCAUAUAUUCUGUAGCGGGUGUAACACGUCGAUCUCUGGAAUUAGAUAUCAGUGCACAACGUGUCCAUCAUCACCCACAUCAUAUAGUUUGUGUGCUUCAUGCGAAGAGAUGUCUUACAGUUUGCAUGACCCUAUGCACAUAUUCUUUAAAUUACCCAGACCUGUGCAGCGGCCCUUGGAGUCGACAUUCCCUUUCUUACCAAAAUUGUAUAAAAUGCCUGCUGGGCCUGUGGGUGGUCUGACAAAUGGUACAAUGCCAAAUGAUUACCUAGAUUCUCUAUUGCAUGCAGCUGCACUCUGCGACCGGUGCAUGGAGCACAUUCAAGGCGCUUGGUUUAGAUGUGCAUACUGCGCGAAGGACCUAUGUGGAGACUGUGAAGCACUGGAUACUCAUGACGACAAGCACAUAUUCAUGGUUUUCAAAGCUCAAGUUGAUAUGCCGCAUUUCCGUCAAAUUGCAAAUCUGGAAAACCCCAGUGAUAGCCCACCUAUUAUUCCUUAUGCAGUUUACCGUUAAUGACCGAAAUUUAUAUUGUACUCAAUUUUGUUUUAACAUUGCAUGACAUUGU